ACUGCAUGUUGCACGCAGUUCAGUGCAUGUACACCCAUAACAAACUGACUCUGCUAAGCUUUUGUAUUUUUUAUUUGACCAGCAAGCAAAAUAUGUGUUGAAAUACCCCCAAUAUCUGACGGAUAUAUAUGUAGUGAAAAAUCAGUGGGUGCGCCAGCGUUGUAUUGGAGACCAACCACCACACUUAAAUUAUGAUCCAAUAGCCGUAUUGACAUUUUCUCAGGCAAAAUGAUUAGGCCUAAGCAGCUCUGCUAUCGGUAAACACCGCGUAGUCGGAUUUUUGUCGUGUUUACGUAAUAACCUGCGAUACAAUUACAGUGUGUUUUUAAUUAAGGGUACUUAGCGUCAGGCUCAUACCGCAUGUAUCAUUCAGAGAGUGGUACGUGUCCCCCAGUACGAGGAGGUCUGUCUAAGCGGAAGGUCAGCCCGAUGACUGCGGAGGAGCUCUCGAUUGACGACGGCCGAGCAACCGGCCCGGACCAACCCCAGGCCCCGGACGCGGAGCAGACCGGCCUGCUGUACGUAGUCAGCCACCGACUCGCCGAGUCUGGAGCCCAUGGGAUACCCAACAUCCAACGGGCUAACUCCACCUGUAGACGGCUCGUCUGGACAGUGCUAUUCCUGGCCGGCUUCGGGAUGUUCAUCUACCAGGGAACUGUGCUGGUAAUCAAGUACUACAGUUAUCCGAUCAACGUGAAUAUCGAGGUGCGGACUCCGAAAAAGGUGCAGUUUCCGGCUGUGACUUGGUGUAACCUGAACCCGAUCAGGAAAGACGCGUUGAGGGACUAUGCGGACCUGAACAGUCUUCUGGAGGGAAGUAACCCGGAAUGUACAACCUCGUCCGGUAAUUCUUCAUUUCAGCCUCGGAAGCGGUUCCAAGGUUAUCCAAGUGACUGGGAUUCAGCCGACAUUGACUACAGCGCGGAGGACUGUGACCGCCAGACUUUCGACUCAGCAACAGAUAUCGUCGGGGCCAUGCCGUACUCAGAAAGAUCCAAGACCGGGCACCAUCUCAAUGACAUGCUGCUCAAGUGCACGUUUCAAGAGAAGCCCUGCUCCCCGAAGAACUUUUCCACCAUCUACAAUUCCCGUUACGGCAACUGUUACACGUUCAAUUCUGGAUUCAAAGGCGUCGAGGCAAUCAAUGUUACCAAAGUAGGACCAACCUAUGGGUUGUCUAUGGAGCUUUAUAUUCAACAGGACUUGUACAUCACCGGUGUGGAGACUGGGGCCGGGGUGCGAAUCAUGGUCCACAAUCAGACAGACAUGCCUUUUCCCGAGGACAAAGGUGCAAACGUCGCUCCUGGUACCGAGAGUUUCAUCGGAAUUUUUCGGGUCAUGGUCAACAGACUACCAUUACCCUACGGCGACUGCGCAGACCACUUUGUAAAAGAUAACAUAUUCAAGAAUCAGUUUGGACAUCUGGAGUACACUAAAACGGCAUGCGAGAAGGAUUGCUACUUUAAAGAAGUACUGGAGCAAUGUAAAUGCGCUGACGUUCAGUACAGAUACGAUGACUCUAUAGCAGCUUGUAACUCAUCAAUAGAGAGCGAAGAAAACUGCAUCGACGAAAUUCAACAGAACUUCACAAGUGGAGUGUUAGACUGCACACACUGCCACAAGAGCUGCAAUGAGACGCGAUUUGAAAGGUCCUUUAGUCACUCUAUAUGGCCAAAUCAUGAUUACAAGGAUACCGUCAAGGAGAACAUACAGAAAUCAAACAAGGAUACCGUCGACUUAAUGCGGAAUAACAGUGCAUUUAUUGAAGAAAAUGUUCUCCGAGUCAACGUUUAUUACGACAGUCUCUUUUAUGAUGACAUCUACCAGUCAGAGGCCUACCCUUCAAGCUCACUGGCCAGUGAUCUUGGCGGUCAGGUCGGGCUGUGGAUAGGCGUGUCGGUGCUGACAGUCUUCGAGUUCGUCGAGUUGAUGAUGGACGUCUGUGUGCUGGCCAUGUCCAAGUGCCGGGCCGGAGGCGAGAAGGGACGGGCUGGCAAGAGCUCGGAACACGGCAAAGGAAAGCCCGCAGCGUGACAGGGGACAACGUCGCGCUAGAUCCGGCCAUCAAAUUGAACUGUUGACUUGUUAAUUGGAGAUAAUUGCAACAAACACAAUCUGACAAUGUUCACUUUGUUAACGACUUCAUUAUUUUUGAUUAAGUCGAGUUGUAACUUAGUCAAUACAUGUCAAUUACAAGUCAUCCAUUCUGAUAGGCCUACUAAGUCGUCCAUUCUGAUACUAAGUCAUCAGUUAUACAAGAUGAAAUUAAACCAGAAAUAAACACUUUAUUCCCCCAAGUAUUUAAGGUAUGCGCUUGUGAAUGAGACAUUAUAACAAAAUAUCGACAGCUAUUGAGAAUUAUAAACACGCAUGGUCCGACAAUACAUUAUGUAAUUGAGUGCGCGAAGGGUGGACUGGUUCCCACCUCUCAAUCAUGAUUGAUAACGUGAGGAUAGGAAACCAGCCUACUCACAGGGCGAAACUUUUUGGUGCGCAAAAGGAACCCAUAUUAAUAAAAACCCUUUUUUAGAGGUUUGCAGAUGCUAGAAAAAAAGUGGUUUUUUUUUUCAAUAACAAAUCUUCGAGUUGAGGAGGAACAAAUUUUGUUGAAGAGCGCUUUCAUGAACAGUAAAUUUUCAAAUGAAUUGUGACAGAGGCAUUCAAUAUAUAUAUAUAUAUAUAUAUAUAUAUACAGAGUGGUUAAAAAAGGACACCGACUUUUGACAGCAAUUUUCACCUACUUAAUGAACUUAUUUGAAAUGUUUUCUCACAUAGUAGUAAAGUAUAGGCUUUUAUCCAUGCAGGGUGAAAAAAAACUUAGUAAAAGUCGCAAAAAUAAUGAUAUUAUGCGAAUUUGAAUACAAAUCACCAAAAUCAGUCUUGUCCACGGGUUAUUCCAUGUAAAUUUGACGUUUUCGUAGUUCAUAAAAAUAAAAACCUUCCCACCAAAUUAUAUAAUAGUUUGCCCUGGUAACUUUUAUUGAAGCUGUUCAAUUAUUCAUGUCAGUGUUAAGAUCAUGUAAUCAAUGACCUGUCGGCGUAAGUUCGUUGUUGCAUAACAUUACAUAACAUUACAUGACAAUCAAAUGUCAUGCCCUUUCAAAUAAAGCUUCCAUAGAGCUCAGUCAAGCGAAGGGAAUGUAUACCUCCAUGGACAAACAGGUUUCGCACAUGAAAUGUUCAAAUUAGCAUAGCUCAACGACAAAAUGUGCAAAUGCAGCGAUUUUUCGUCACAUUUGCUUAAAGGCCAGUACUUUAAUAGCUACUAAUCGACAAUCAAAAAUAAUUUUAAAAAAUAUGUGAAAAUUGCUGUCAAAUGUGGGUGUCCUUUUUUAACCACCCUGUAUAUUGUUUAUCAUGCCAUUUGCGAUCUGAACUGAAAUAUAUAUUUGAUAUAUGACUGACUUCUGAUCUGAAGAAAGGCCUGUAACUUUAACACUAAAGAAAAGUAGCUUCUCUACUCUUACUAUUGUCUCUGUAUUUCCAUGCGCACAGUCGCACAGUAAUAAUAAGAUCAUCUACUCAAUGAGCUGUCGGCUUAAGUUUACUGUUGCAUCAAAAAAGGCUACAUGGAUAAUUACGUACUUGUCUGAAGAUUGCGCUUGUGUCACAAGUAGUUUAGAUGUGCAGACAUUAUCAUGAAUUUACAGAAUAGUUCAUAAAACAUUUACUUUUCUACCUACCAGGAUUGUACAGUCAUAUAUAUUUUGCAAUUGCAAAAGGAUAAAACAAAAUAUGCGUCUCAGGUUUGGGUAACCGUUGCUACAUUGUCACGUAUUCUAAAAUUAAAAAAAACCUGUCCUAUCAUCAUGACUGAAUGCAAUACAGCCUUCGAUAGAGUAGAAGCUUUGUCUUUUUAAAGGAGCUGUUCAUUAACUCUGUAAAUUCGGAGACAGUUGAUGGUUCAGUAUUGGCAACCUUAUAUUAGCUUAUAUUGUUUUCAAAGGAAUUGAUUGAUCAUAAGUGUGUGAGAUUUCAGUAAUGAAUAUUGAAAGAAUAAAAAAAAUUCUCUUUUGUUUCUCUGUAA